AUGGGAAAUUUCCUAUACUUUAAGGAAAUUUCCUUAGUGUAUAGGAGGUUUCCUUAUGGUUACAGGAGAUUUCCUUAUAGUCUAGGAAAUAUCGGCAAGAUAAAUUGUCUCCCCCUGGACCGUGAUGGAAACCGUCUGCGAUUUCCUCAUGUCAUUGCCGAUGAUUGGACCUCUGGUGGCGUGACAGUGCGGGAACGACGGAUGCUGAGCUUUAUCAACGACAUCACAGACAAACCAGGGUGGGAGAGGGAAGUCUUUGACCAGGCCAUUACGGCACAAUGGAGAGCGGAGGCUUGUGUCUGGAGGGAGGACCUGAAUGAUGUGUUUUUGUCGAGCGCCAUGUUUGAUUAUUGCAUGCAAGAACUCCGCGACAAAACAGUCUAUUACCAGAAAUCGGGCAUGGUUUCCGUCUGUUGCGACACCGCAGUGGUCAAAUCCGAUGUUCUCGUACCAGCACGCCUGGCCGAAUCCCUUCAGGACGCUGUUCGUUCGCUGGAGAAUGUUCCAGAGUAA